CAGUGGAGGGUACAUUUCACAAGUUAGAACAUUCGGCUUAAGAAGUGCCCGUACGACUUUGGGAAUUUUUGAAACUGACCGACAGAAGGAUGAAUCCAUUGGGAGUUUUGUGCUUUGUAGCCAUUGUGACUGCCGGCUCCUUGGCCUCACAAUCGCAGGACUACAUUCCAAAGCCAGCGCAUUGGCUGAAACCCACCGAAUUGGAGGCCACACCAUCUUUGAAUGAGCUCACCUUUGAGCAGCUGGAGAAUAUGCCAUUGGAAAAGGGAGCCAAAUUGAUGCGUAAACUCUACCACCUGUCCCAAAUCGACUACUCUGUGUCGCCCAACUUUGUGCCCAGCCCCAGCAAUGUCCCCGUCUACAUUUUCAACAGCAAGGGUGAAAAGGAAACCUGCAACUUGAACAACUACGUCGACAUUGCCAAGGAAAAGCCGAAAUUUGGCGAACAAGAAGUCACCGUUUUCAUCACCGGUCUGCCUCAGUCCUUGGAGGAUGUUAAGAAGGCCAACACCAAAUUGAUCCAGUCCUACAUUCAACGUUACAGCAAAAAACCCGAAGCACCCCAGGGUGAGGAUCAAUCGAAAUGGGAAAAUGAAAAACCUGUGGGCGGUCAUUUGGUUGUCAUCGAUUUGGGCCAUGCCAUCACCAAUGUUGAACGUUAUGCCACUUUGAAUGUCAAGGAGACCGGUAAAAUGAUUGGCAAGACCUUGGCUGAGUUGGAGAAGGAGAGCAAUGUCGAUUUGGAAGAUCUCCAUGUCAUUGGUCAGGGUAUUGGUGCCAAUGUUGCCGGUGCUGCUGGUAAGGCUUUCAAGGACAUUACCACCCACAAAUUGGAUCGCAUCACUGCCUUGGACCCUGCCAGCCAAAUGGCCAAGGAUCCCAAAGUUUUGACCGGUUUGUCUCGAGGCAGUGCCAAAUUCGUUGAUGCCAUCCACACCUCCGCCUUGGGUAUGGGUACCACCCGUCGUGUCGGUGAUGUUGAUUUCUUCCCCAAUGGACCAUGCCAAGGUGUUCCCGGUAGCCGCAAUGCCAUCGAUGCCCAAGCUCGUGCCACACGUCUCUUUGCCGAAACAGUUCGUCCCGGAAACAGCCGCAACUUCCCUGCCGUUGAGGCCAGCUCUUUGAAACAGUAUCGCAACAAUGAUGGCUAUGGCAAACGCACCUACAUGGGCAUUGCCACCCAUCGUGACAUCUCUGGUGACUACAUGUUGGAGGUCAACGCCGAGAGCCCCUAUGGCAAGAGAACCCCCGCCCGCAAACAAAAAUCAUACCAUGGUGUUCAUCAAACUUCCUAUGCCAAAAGCAAUGAAAACUAUUAGAACGUUGGAUGUUUGGCAGAGGAAAUGACUCCGAAAAAAUUAAGCUGUGAAUAUUUGUCGAACAAGAAAACAAAAUUUUAAUUCAAAAUUUGUGUAAUUUUUUAGAGAAGAAAAAAAAAACAUCGAAGAUAAAUUAUUGAUUAUUUAAUAAAAAACAAAAUAAAACUCUGAGCAUUACAAAAAGGAAA